AUGGCGUUGCCUUCUCUCUUCAAAGAUGAACCCAUCACGCCAACUCUCAAUAGCAGAAACGCACCAAGUCGGGGUCCAUUCGCUUCCUACUCUGGUCGUACAAAGACUGUCAUGCAAGGCGACAUUCAAGGCGCCUUUCGCCAACUCGGCAGCGUACUGCGACAAAACAACGUCAUGCGUGAGUUUCGUCAGCAAAAGUUUUAUGAGAAGCCGAGUGAUAAGCGAGGUCGACUGAGUCGUGAACGGCAUCGGAAGCGGUUCCUGUUGGGUGUGAGGAGAUUGGUUGGGCUGGUCAAGGAGCAGCGCAAGUUCCAGUGA